AUGGACACAAAAUCUGAGAGAAAAGAGGGAGGCACUUCCGCUUCUGGCAUACCUUUUCAGGUUCCAUGGUUUCCUGUACGGGAAUUGAGUGGGCUCGAACUCUUCAAAUACAAGCUUAAACAGCGUCUCAGAGGCUAUACACCGCACUGGAAGUUUCUCUCAUUCAAAAACAGGACAUUUGUGAAAGCACAUCCUGAUGUGCGUUAUCAGGAGGCCCUGUCCAUGGAGUUUAUUGCACGAAACACCACAAUUCCAGUGCCCCGAGUACUCGAUGUUUAUACCGUCAAUGGGAUUGUGCAUAUUGUUCAAGAGCGUAUCCCAGGUCGCGUUCUACAAGUAGUCUGGGAUCGUCUAUCAGCCGAAGAAAAGCAAAGCUGUAUGCUACAGAUCAAACAAUUUUUUACCCAGUUGCGCAGCAUCAAGCCUCCCCACCCGGAACACGUUCAAUCCGUCGAUGGGUCUGGUCUCUCGGACAACCGUGUAGAGAACUACAUCUGGGGCCCAUUCUCCAGCCACGAUGAAUUCCAUAAAUUUAUGCAUCACCACGUUUUCCGCGCGUGGCCUGAUAUUUAUCCCAAGUUACGCGAACCACUGGCAAAGGUUCAAGGGAGGAAAUACAAGAGCGUGUUCUGUCAUGGCGAUCUUGGGCCUCAUAACAUCAUCUGGAACAAUGGUAAAGCGGUUUUUAUUGAUUGGGAAAUGGCAGGCUGGUUCCCGGAGUAUUGGGACUAUAUUCGGACACAUGAAGCUCGUUGGUGGUAUACAAGCUGGUUGGAUAUGUUCAAGGAAGUAGUGGACAGGUACGAUGACGAGUGGGAUGUUGAGCUUGGGAUUAAAGAAUACAUAUUUAAAAUUUAA